AUGGAGGGCCGCGAGUUCGCGCCCCCGCCUCACCUCCUCGCCGAGCGCGGCAGCGUGGGCCACCGCAGCAGCGCCGGCCGCCUGGCCGCGUCCGGCCACAGCCCCGUGCAGCACCCGGGCCACUUCCAGCCGGGCAAGUUCUUCCCCGCGCCCAUCUCCAUGGCGGCGCACACAGCAGGGAGUGGAUUGAUGGGGAACACGCCCGCCUCGUCCUUCAUGGGCAGCUUCCUCACCAGCAGCCUGGGCUCGGCCGCCCCCACGCAUCCCACGGGCCCCGCCUCGUCCCCCUCGGAGCCGGCCUACCGGGGCCCACACUCUGGCACCUCCCAGAUCUGGUUCUCACACUCCCACGAAGCUCCGGGGUACCCCAGGUUCUCGGGGAGUCUGGCCUCCACCUUCCUUCCCAUGAGCCAUUUGGAUCACCAUGGAAACAGCAACGUCCUCUACAGCCAGCAUCGGUUCUACGAAAGCCAGAAAGAUAACUUCUACCUGCGGAACCUGCCAGCCCAGCCCACCCUGCUGUCAGCCAACCACAACUUCCCCAGCAUUGCCCGGGCAGCCCCCGGCCACCCCAUUGGGUCCUGCAGCCGUGACCGCGAGGCCAGCCAUGGGCUGAAGAGCCACAAGGAAUACGACCGCUACCUCCUGGCCAAGGAGAAGGCGGGCAAGGGGGAGGCCAAGGAGAGGCCGGCGGAGGAGGACGUGAAGGAGCGGCACAAGUUGGUGCUGCCCAUGACGCCCGAGGGGCACUGCAAGGAGGGGGUCCACCAGAGGAGCUCGUGCGAGAACCGGGCCAAGCACCUCAACUCCUGCCUCCUGAGCUCCAAAAUGCUCAAUGGUGACGCCCACAAGGCUGUGCUGCCCAGCUGCACGGGCGGUGCCCUGCCCCGGCACGCCGGCACCGCCAUGGCCCAGAGCCGCUGCCCCAAGGACAUGCUGAGGUCGGAGUGGGAGCUGGCUCCCCACGAGUCGCCCCAGCCCUACAGCGAGUGCCUGGAGCAGCGCCAGAUGCUGCACCACUCGGUCUCCUACACCGUCCCGUCCAGCCUGCCCGCCAUCCCGCCCCCACUCAGCACCUCGGCCGCCACCUUCCCCUGCCUGCAGCUCCACUCCGGCCCCGACGGGCUGUGCCCCUUGCAGGACAAAGCCGGGCGCGAGUUGAAGCUCAGCGGGGCCACGUUCGUGCCGUCGGUGGGACACUUAACCGACAAGAGCCGGUCUUUCCAGGUGGCGUCCGAGGCCUGCAGCCUGGAGCGCGGCGAGGCCAAGGAAAGGCACGAGAUGGGCUCGGAGCACACGGGCGCCUACAGCAACUCCUUCCACCAUCUCAAGGUGGAGGGCAAGGCGGAGCGGAGGCUGGAGUGGGUGCAGAGCUCCAACGCCCGGCUGAAAGGCCUGGAGUACCUGAACAGUGGCGGCUCCGAGGCCCCCUUCCCCAGCCUGCCCCAGGCACCCAAGGGGGGCCUGGAGAAAGGCAGCUACUUCGAGGUGGCGCCGUCUCAGGACUGCUCCCGCGCCAGCCACCAGGACGCCCUGUGCGUCAAACUCAGCCAGUCCUGCUGCACUUUAGACAAGGGCUCCAAGGACUGCCAGGGCCAGAGCGUGCAGAAGGUGGCGCGGAUACGGCACCAGCAGCACGUGCCCCCGGAGCUGGAGCUGGCGGGGAGCGGCUCCGAGGCCAGGAGGAAGUCGAUGGGCUACAACGGAGCCCCCCUGCCCCCCUGGGGCAUGCAGGGGCAGGGCGCGCCCAUGCCCAUGGGCGAGGAGAGGAAGAGCUCCUAUCUCGACCCCUUCAGCACCAGUUUGCAGCAGGCUGCAUUGAUGACUCAGGGCUCGGUGCUGAGCCAGGACAUGCAGAGCCCCCCUGACGAGGUGUCGGCCAUGAAGAACCUGCUGAAAUACAGCAACCAAGCACUUAUCGUGGGGCAGAAGGCUCCCUUCGUGGGGCUGGGCACCCUCAAGGGCAGCUGCGCCCAGCAGGACGGGAAAUUCCCCGGGGGCAAAGGGCAGCAGGAGCUGGAGCGGCCGGACUGUGCCCGCAGCAGAGACCACGAGCUGGCCCACGGGGAGGGCGAGGUGCGGCAGCCGCCCGUGGGCAUCGCUGUGGCGGUGGCGCGACAGAAGGACACGCUGAGCCGGCCGGAGCCCUCAUACGGCGCCAACUCCAGCCGGCAGGGCCGGGCGACCGUGGGCCUGAAAGCCGGCUCAGCGCGACCCAUGCACGUCAUCGACCUGGAGGCGGAGGAGGAGCGGAGCCGCCUGUGCGAGGAGCGACUGGGGAUCACAGGCCGAGAGCUUCUUCUCCAGGAGAACAAAGACCUCGUGGACUUUGCCAGGAUCCACCCAUCCAGCGGCUGCCCGGGCGAUCUCACCCCCCACCUCAUGAUUGCCGGCGGCUCCUCCCUCCAGGCCGGCCAGUUGGGUGGGGACCCCACAGCCCACGCACACCCGGCCCACACGCACUGGCUGCCCCGGACGCGCAGCCCCUCCAUCUGGAUGGGGGGACACUCAUAUGGCAUCAGCCACCCGGCCUUGCAUCAGAACCUGCCGCCCGGCUUCCCUGCCUCCAUGCCCAGCACCAUGCAGUCCGUGUUCCCCCUUCCCCAGGACCCCCCAGCGCAGCUGGUCAUCCUGCCCACAGAGCCGUCAGCCCACGGCGCCCCCCACACGCUGGCUGAUGUUAUGGACCAGGCCUCGCUGUGGCCGCCCAUGUACCCGGGCCGGGGCCCCAGCUCCCACCUGCAGCACGCGGGCCAGCUCCCCGUCUACUCGCGCUCGCAGUUCCUCCGGCAGCAGGAGCUCUACGCCCUGCAGCAGCAGCAGCGGGCGGCCCAAGCCCUGGAGCUGCAGAGGCAGUCGCAGAUCCAGCGGAAGGCGGAGGAGCAGCCUGGCGAGCUGGAGGAGCCAGGCCACGAGAAGCCCCUCAAGCCGUCCCACAAACCAGUUGCCUUAACGCCCCCCACCAAGGGCCUCUCCUCGGCGGCCCCCUGCCCUGCCAAGCUCUCACCCUGCUGCCACUCGCCCGCCCUGCGGCACCCAUCAAAAUGCCCCUCGGCGCAUCCUGCCGCCCCCUGCACUUUACCCGUCUGCCCGGCCCCCAGCUCAGCCAUUGCCCCGCGCUCCCCGCCCGCCAGCCCCAGCCCCUCGCCCAGCAACAAGGGCAACGAAGCAGAAGACAAGCGGGUGGAGGGGCAGCCGCCCAGGGGCUACCCCAAGUCGCUGGAACCAGACCUGCCGCCUGGAUACAGCUACCCCGCCGUCAGCAUGGGCUACUCCUCGCCUCUGGCCGUGCACGCCGCCGAGCCGGCCGACCCUGACACGAUGCAAAGCGUCUCCCCGGCGGCCGAGCCCGAGCAGUCCCGGACGUUCCCUCCCACGGAGGAGCCGUGCCGGGCCAGCGGCCCGCUAGAGGAGGCCGGGCGGGCGGCGCAGGGUGCCACGGCCGAGCCCAAGGCCCAGGCUGCCAUGGGCCAGCAUCUCCAUCACCACCUCCUCCUCCUCCCCCCGGGGCAGGCCUCCGGGGAGCUGGUGGGGGCAGCGUCAGGGCGGGGCCCGGUGGCGGAGCUGGGAGAGAUGCCCUACGGCCCAACGCUGGGGGGGCCCAGCUUGGCCUCGGCUCAGGGAGCUCCAGAGGAGAGCGGGGGCCUGGAGGAGCAGCCGGGGGCAGCGCAGCUCACGGGGGCACAGGCAGGCCCCACCCCGAAGGCCUCGGAGGAUGCAGCUGGGGAGGAGCACGCGGCGGGGCGGGAGGCCGGCUGCGAAGAGGAGCAGGAAGGCGACUCCCUGAGCCUCCUGCGGGCGGGCAGCGGCCUCCAGGGCUCUCUGAGCGGGCUGGACGCACUGAUCAUCGCGGGCAUCGACCUGGGAGACCUCCCGGCCCCGAGCCCACCCAGCAUGGCCCCCCCAGCGGCUCCCCCCUCGCCCUGUCCAUGCAGCUCAGGGAUCACCCUGCUCAGCGAGCUGGCCGACCUGGAGCUGCAGCGGCAGAGGUGUGAUGCGGCGGUGGGAGCAGAGGACGAAGACUUGGUGGCCGUUAACCUUCGGAACCUGGCGACCAUUGCUGCCCUGGUGGAGGCGGCCGGUGAAGAGAGCAGUCCUCCCUGCCUCAGCCCCUUGGCGACCCCCCUGGCCCCCCGCACACGGGGCCUGCGACGGAAAUACACCUGGACUCCCAAACCCAAACCUGUCUGCCCCCUGAAGGCCGCCAUAGAGCAGCUGGACACGCAGGAGGUGGAGAUGCGGCUGCGGCUGGCAGAACUGCAGCGCCGCUACAAGGAGAAACAGCGGGAGCUGGUGAAACUGCAGCGACGGCAUGACCAUGAGCACGACGAGAGCUCGCGGAGUCCGGCGCGGCGUGGCCCGGGGCGGCCGAGGAAACGGAAGCACUCCAGCACCCUCGGCACCUUGCGGCAGAACAACACGCUCAGCAGGGCUGACGGCAGGAAAGUCAAGGCCGUGAAGACCAGCCUGUCCCUCCUGUGCUCGGAGCUGCGGAGUGACAGUGAGCCCAAGAGGAAGCGGAGCAGGAUCGCUGAGGCGACCUACAGCGGCCUCAAGGGCGCCCAGGACAAGGUGCGGUGCAAGAAAAGCAGCUCCCAGAGCAAACUCGCUGCCAAGGCGGCUCACAAGGUCUCCCAGCUGAAGCAGAAAGUGAAGAGCAAAGGGCUCCCAGCGGGCAUCAGCCCCUUCCGCAGGAAAGAGCCCAGCCCCGGCAGCAGGAUCCAGAAGAAACUCUCCAGGGCCAAGAGCGCCAAAGCCGCGGCCUCCACCAAGUACCCGCAGCAGGACCUGGGCAGCCGGGAGACUGCUCACUUCAAAGCCACGCCCAGCGCGGGGGCAGCCGGCGCAGCCAUUUGGUCCGGCAGAACAAAGAGAGGGGCCCGCCUGGGCAGGAUGCAGGAAGGAGGAAGCUGGAGCAGGAAGCACUCGCUGCGAAGGAGCAGGAGGUGCCAUCCCCGGGGAGCGUCCUCCCCAGUCUCUUCUUCACCCCUCCUGGCCUGGCCUCCCCCUGCAGACGCAGACUACGAGAGCGAGGACGGUGCCGCCCUGUCGCCCGACGAGACCCUGCCUCCCUCGGUGCCCCCCGCCGUGGUCGGGCCCUCCCCAUCCUCGGUGGUGAAGAUGGAGGCCAAUCAGAAAGCGAAGAAGAAAAAGGAAAGGCAGGGGUUGCUAGGGCCUUGUCGAAUCUCCAGCCCAGAGGGCGAAGUCAAGAUCAAGCGGCGCCCGGGGAAGCCUGGCGUGGGGAAGCUGGAGAAAGUGCCCGCCAGGAGGAAGACAGGGGGCUGCGAGGGGGCUGCUAAGAAGAAACUGAAGGGGAAGCCCAAGGAGAGCCUGCGGCAGCUGGUGAAAUCCGGCGCAGGCAGCCUAGCAGCCAGCAACAGCCCCUUCCCGGGCACCAACUCCAGACAGUUCACACCCAGGGAGGAUGGGGCCAAGAUUUCCAGCGAGCGCUUGAAGAAAGCCACCCGCAAGACCAAGGUGCUGCAGUCGGCCCUGCGGCGGAAGAACGGGGCGCUGGCCCUGGCCCUCUCUCCCAGGAAUGCCAAGACCAUCCUCAGCAAAGGCAAGAAGCUGGGCAAGGUGAAGAGCAAGGUGGCCACCAAACAGUGCAAGGGGCGGGCGGUCAGCAAGCUGCUGGAGAGCUUCACCGUGGAAGACGACUUCGAGUUCGACGACAACAGCAGCUUCUCAGAAGAGGAGGAGAGCCCUCGGCUGGGGGCUGAGCAAGGCGCAGCCCACGCGCACUCCUGUACUAUCCGCAAGGAGGACCUGCGGGAUGGCCUGCACGUGCUCAUCCCCAAGGAGGACAGUCUGCUGUAUGCCGGCAGUGUCAAGACCCUGCAGCCUCCGGACAUCUACAGCGUUGUCAUCGAGGGGGAGAGAGGAAACCGCCAGCGGAUCUACUCCCUGGAGCAGCUCCUGCAGGAAGCCGUGCUGGACGUCAGACCCCAGUCCAGCCACCACCUCCCACCAGGCGCCAGGGUGUGCGCGUACUGGAGCCAGAAAUCCCGCUGCCUCUACCCGGGGAACGUUGUGCGAGGUCCCUCCAGCGAUGAGGAGGAGGAGGACCUGGACUCGGUGGUGGUGGAGUUUGACGACGGGGACACGGGCCACAUCUCGGUGUCCAACAUCCGCCUGCUGCCACCGGACUACCAGAUCCAGUGCACAGAGCCCUCCCCCGCCCUGCUGGUAUCCAGCACAUGCCGGCGGACGAAGCGGUCUUCCAGCGAUGCCCCCCCGCCCAGCGAGGCGGUCCCCAGCCUGUGUGCGGACGGGCGUGAGAGCGCCGAGCCAGCCAAGAACUCCAGCAAGAAGGCCGCUGGCAAAGAGAAAGCCGGUAAAGCCGAUGUGCUGGCCAUGGGUGCCAAGGCGCUGCCGCCGGCUGAUCACUUCCUGGGCCGGCGUGGCAGCCCCCUGCUGAGCUGGUCGGCGGUGGCCCAGACCAAGCGGAAGGCGGCCAGCAAGAACCCAGCCGUGCUGCAGAACCUCUUCCAGCUCAAUGGCAGCAGCAAGAAACUGCGGGCCAAAGAGGCGCUUUUCCCCGUGCACAGCGUGGCCACCCCCAUCUUCGGCAACGGCUUCGGUGCCGACUCCUUCAGCAGAAUCGCCAGCUCGUAUGCCUCCUUCGGUGCUGGCGCCGGCCUGGUUCUGCCCGGUGCCCAGAAGCUCUUGCGGGCCAAGAAGGUGGAGAGGCUGGAGGCGGAGGUGGGCAAGGGGGGCAGGAGGAAGUCGGGCAGCGAGUACCUGGUCAAGCUGGACCAUGAGGGUGUGACGUCCCCCAAGAACAAGAACUGCAAGGCCCUGCUGAUGAGCGAGAAGGACUUUGGGCCCAAGCUGGAGCGGCCCCUGCCCAGCCAUGGCUACGCCCACCCAGCUUUGGUGGGCAAGGACAAAAAGGGGCGGGCCCCCAUACAGCAGCUGCCCAUGGGGCUGGCUCUGCGCAAGUACUCGGGCCAGGCUGACUACGCCCUGAACUGUGACAGCGACUGCCACAGCUCCUACUCCGACGAGGACGAGGAGGCCGGCGGGCUGGGCGCCAACGUGCCCUCGCGCUUCAUCACGCGCCUCUCGGUCUCUUCCUCCUCCUCCGGCUCUUCCACCUCCUCCUCCUCCGGCUCCAUUUCCACCUCCAGCCUGUGCUCCUCCGACAACGAGGACUCCUCCUACAGCUCCGACGACGAGGACUCCACCCUGCUGCUGCAGACCUGCCUCACCCACCCCGUGCCCACCCUGCUGGCACAGCCCCAGGCCCUGCACUCCAAGAGCAGCACCCCGCAGAGGUGCUUCAUCGCCAAGGCCGCCGCCGCCAGCGCCAAGGCCAAGCUGAAGCGCAAGGAGGCCCUGAGCUUCUCCAAAGCCAAAGAGUUCUCCCGGAGGCAGCGGCUGCCGUCGGUGGAAAAUCGGCCAAAGAUCUCCGCUUUCCUGCCGGCACGGCAGCUCUGGAAGUGGUCGGGGAACCCCACGCAGAGAAGGGGCAUGAAAGGCAAGGCCCGGAAGCUGUUCUACAAGGCCAUCGUGCGGGGCAAGGAGACGCUGCGCAUCGGCGACUGUGCCGUGUUCCUCUCUGCCGGCCGGCCCAACCUGCCCUACAUCGGGCGCAUCGAGAGCAUGUGGGAGUCGUGGGGCAGCAACAUGGUGGUGAAGGUGAAGUGGUUCUACCACCCUGAGGAGACCAAGCUGGGCAAGCGGCAGAGCGACGGCAAGAACGCACUGUACCAGUCGUGCCACGAGGACGAGAACGACGUGCAGACCAUCUCGCACAAGUGCCAGGUGGUGGGGCGGGAGCACUAUGAGCAGCUGACCAGGAGCAAGAAGUACCAGGACCGCCAGGACCUCUAUUAUCUAGCGGGGACUUACGAUCCCACCACGGGCCGGCUGGUGACUGCCGACGGCGUCCCCAUUCUGUGCUGACCCCGUCAGGGGCGAACCAACCACCCCCCGGCCACUCACCGGCAAACACGCAGGGGAAAGGAGCCGGGAACUGGGGCCAGGAGUGGCCGGGCAUCCUGGGGCCUUUUGCCUCCCUCUCUGGGUGGGCUGGCCAACGGAAGGGCUGCGCUGACAUCGCGGAAGCUCUCCCAGCAGCACCACCUCUGCCCGUUGGAGCCAGGCCCGGUAAUUAUGCAAACCCCCGCCCCCCAGCGGCACGACCCCGGCAGCUCCCGCGGAGCAGCGACCCGGAUCCCGGCCGCAGGGCAGAGCCAGCCUGGCUCACCAGAGACCUGCACACAGAGCUCUCCUUCCCGUUGGCAGGCACGGAGAGAUUUGAAUUCAAGCCAUACUGUCCCUAGUACCUCGGACUGUUUGCCAGCAGGUAAAGCAGAAAUCAGGUGUAUUAUUCUAUUUAUUUCUCGUGUAAAUAUUGUAUUUCUUCCGGGAAGUUUUAUGGAAACAGAGAAACCGACAGACAAACGGGGGGCAGGGGGGGGUUGCAAUGCACUGUUUGCCCCCAGCCUGGCUGAGGCCGAGGACAGCUGGGGUUUUCUGUACAUAGGGAGGGAGCAGGGAGGGCCCCGGCGCGCUCACCCCGCGGAUGGGACGGUGCCCGCCUGGCCGGACUAUGUAAUAUAGACCCCCUGGGGCACGCUCCCUCGGUCCUUCGGUGUAUUAUUCUUAUUCUUAUUCUGAUGCUAGUGCCCCGGCGCUCUGUCGGGGGGCACGUGCCCUGUGAUGGGGGAACAGAGAGAGUAUAUAUAUUAUUAUAAACUUGGGCAGUGAGGCCAGGCCAUGCUCGGCAGGGAGCGCACAGCCCGAGCUAGCUUCCCUCGGGAACCAAACGCGCCCGCCACGCACACGCAUGCAGCCGCCACACGCACAGACCUGCCGCUCCUGCAUGCACCCGCGCCCCACCCAAGCAGGAGACAGAGCCGGGCUAGGCGUCUCCCUGUGGCUCCCAGCCGCGCCGGGACCCCGGUUAAAGGGUGGGUGGAUGUGUGCAGACGGUGGGGGGGGGGAUUCGCAUGUGGACGUGGGCACGCGGAGGGGUGGGCACACGGAGGGGUGGGCACGCGGCGGGGUGCGCGGGUGCUGAAAGGACAAAGCGCAGGGGUGCCCGACAGCACCGCACCCCCUCUCAGUUGAGGCCGGGCAGCCCCAAACCUCUUUUCUGAAUCCCAUUAAUCCAUUAAACCAAACUAACCCAGACCCUCUCAGGAUAAGACAUAGGGGCCUGGCUGGAGCCAGCGCGGCCCAUGGGCCGUGGCUGCCCCGAUGCCCUGGUCUGGGGCCCAGCUGGGGCCGAGAUGUCUCUUUCCCCUUUGAGUGCCCUUGGGCUUGCAGCUCUGGCCGUGGGGCUCAGCAACCCCACAGCCACCCCCCAGCCGGGCUGCUCACGCAGGGCAAUUGGGGCUUUUCCGAAAGCAGACCCCAGUGAGAAGGUGCCCAGGCAGGUGAGGCUGAGUCAUCCGGGAGCGGGUAUGGCACCCUGCUUAGAUCCCAUUGCCCUGGCAUGCCGAGUUAGCCAGAGGGGCAGUGGGUGGCUUCCUGCAGUCAAACCAAAGCACCACCCCCCUGCUCACCCACCCCCACGGGGGCUACGCGGGGAACCGGCUGGGACACUCAGGAGCAGGCCCCUGCCGUGGCCGGCCCCUGCACCUGCUCUGUGGGGGUGAUGUGCAGACAUCCCAGCUCUCCCACCCAGGGGCUGCCAGCAUGUCUCCGACUCCCCCCAUGACAGCCCUGCCCUGCAGGGAGGUGGCACCCACUGGGCACACUACUGGGCUCCGUGUGGCCCAUGCCAGCUCGGGGUAGCAUGGCCCCACUGAGCGGGUUGGGCACCCCCAACCAAGGACCAGACAUCCCCAAGGCCCCGUGCUGCCCCAGGGCCUGGCAGUCGUCCCAACUCCCAGGGCCGCAGCAGGGGCUGAUGUAAUGUGUUCUGAGGUGCCCCCGCAGCCCCCACUCUCCCAAUACUUUGCUGUCUGUGGUUUCUGCCCACUCCAGUCGGGGACCCGCGCCCUCACUGGGGCAGGGGGACGCUGGCUCGUCCCAGCCCCCCCUAAAGCUCCAGAUAGAAGAGAAAGGAGCCUCCCCUCCCCCCGGUGGUCUCAGAGUAACCCAAAUUCCUGCUGAGCGUGCAAGACUCCCCCCGGACCCUCCCCUUCGAGUGGCCGUGCCCCCCUCCCCGUGGCCACGCUAUGCUGUAAAUGUGUAAAGGGCCGUUCUGCGCCGAGGGGAGGGGUUUUUUCAAUGUAAACACUAAAAAACUACAACAAAAAAAGGGGGAAACACCCCAGUUUUCUGAACAGCAGACGAUGUAAAGGCCUUUUAGUAUGGAACUUUUCUAUCGAUAACUUGGCUUAUGAAUAAAUAUAUGAAACCUU